AUGGACAAGUCAUCUGCCGUCUCUGACGGCCCCUCCGGCCUCGGCCGUACUGCUUCCAACUUGUCCGAUAGACUACGCUCCAAUACUCCCGAUCCUUCUGCUACCUCAUCAACAACCACAACCACAACAGGCAGCCAGAACUCGAGACAUUCUUCCACAAACAACUCUGUUGGCCCUUCGCCUCUCGCCUCCAGGGAUUCAUCACCCACACGACGUCCGCGAAGGACCCCCUCAGCAAAUCGACUCCCCGGUACUCGAUCCCGCAAGAACAGCCAGACCGACCAGAGUCCCUCGCGCCCAACACGACCAAGCUACACUUCCGCCGCUCCAGCGCGCUCCUUGUCGUCAACAACAACCCCCACACUCCUCCCCUCGCAAGACCAGCAGCAGAUUCAAGCGCCGACUCCACAAAAACCAGGUUUCAAUACGGAUCUGAGAGAUAGCCAUAGCCCGCGAUGGCCCGUCUCGCCCCGCUUGCGAUCGCCUCCUCCCCAGUUUAGCAGGCCUGGGAUGCCUGCUCGCCGCAGCGAACACGACCUGCCUUCUAUCAACGUCCAACGACCCAGCCCUUCACCACAGCCGGUGGACCAGACCACGUCAGAGAGUGAGAUGGAGGAAUCACAAUUCCCUUCUGGAAUCAGGACUCCGGCCCGAGGGGCUCUGGAAACGGUUCAGGAAGUCAGCCUACCAAACUCUCCAAAUCCUCCCAGCAACCCAGCUCUCGUAGAAAAGUUGAAGGAGAAGCUCUCCGGUGCUGAGAGCCAUUCCGAUACUGCACUUGCCGAUGCCCGGACCUUGCGAGCUCGAGCCAACUUGACCGGCCAAGAGAGUGGGAGCGACACCAGUAAUAACAAGACUGAGCCAAGAAGAACGACAUCAGUCCCUCCGCCCAUGAUCACGCGACAGUCUAGUGCCAUGUCGACGAAGCAGAUGAAGGCGAAGCAGGACGGUUCCACACAAAGCAUGACGGUUGAGACUGAGACCGUCCCGAGUGUUCCUCAAGUUGCUCUCGCAACUGGCCCGAAAAGCGAGGGUCCCAACGGUACUCUGAAGACGAAGCAAAGUACCGAGACCAUCAAGCCCAAGAAGGAAAAGAGGAAGACGACGCGCAAGCAACCCGCUGUCAAUACGGGGAAUGCUUCAUCGAAAGCAGAUAUCUUUGAGGCAUCCAUUGCGAGCGCUGUCGAUGAGGCUAAUACCUCGGACUCGGAGGAAACCUUUGUAUAUGAUUCUAACCCUCCAGAUGGAAAUGACCGAGCUGGACGGCGAUUUCAUUCUCGGACUCCCAGCGCGACCUCCAUGGCCAGCCAGGCUGACCGUCAAAAUCUGCGUUCCAUCUACGGUAUCAUGGAGGGUCCUGGGCCUGUUCAUGGACCUAAAAAGACGAUGAAGUUCGUCAAUACUUUCACUAGCAACGGAAACGACAACUUGACGGUUGGAGACGAAGACAAAGCCUCCAACCGUGGAGGCGGUAGCGGAUCGACACGAGGCACGACAAGGCACCAUCAUCACAUUGGCCGCUGGGGUCGUCAACCUGGUAAUGGCCACCCUUCACUCUUUGAUAAUGAGUCUCCGUUCCCGAACGCGGCGAGAACCAAGCUUGCGGGUGCCAAUUCUCGCAACUCAUCUGGACCUCCAAGCCCACGAAAUGCCCAUUCGAAUCGAAACUUUGGUCAUAAGCGUUCCGCGAUGCAAAUGUCAUCGAGCUAUGAUAUGGACGAUACGACUGGGGCGGACGACGAGCGUACGCCGCUCAUCGGCUCAAUGCGAUCCGGACGCUCGCAACGGAAUCGACGGGGGCCACACAAUCUGCGACAGGCCGAGUCGCAGACAUUUACGAGACGGUCGUCAUACCUGAACCGGUUCGCGGCAUGCCUGGUCCUCACCAUGAUGUUCAUGCUGGUGAUUACCGGUGCCAUCGGUUUCAUGUUUGCCACUUCACAGCCAAUGACCGGAAUCGAAAUCACUGCCAUUCACAACGUGGUGACCAGUGAACAAGUCUUGAUAUUCGACCUGACCGUCAAGGCGCAUAACCCUAAUAUCGUUGUCGUCACAAUCGACCACGCAAACCUGGAAAUAUUUGCGAAGUCAGAGUACACGGGGACAGAUUCAGAUUGGUGGACACGUCCGCAUAACCCAGGAGAUAUCCUCCCUCGGGAUGAUCCUGUGAACGAUCCACCACUGGACGACCCUGACCCCGACGACGACCUCAAACCCAAUGUUCUGUUGGGACGGAUCACGGAGUUCGACAGCCCUCUGACAUUUGAGGGCUCUCUCUUUCACCAAGGCACCUCGUCGUCAACUGGCGAGAUGCAGCUCGGGUAUCCACUGAACGGAACAGCAGGCGGCUCGAGACGAUGGGAACGAAUCUAUCAGAACGAGUUUGACCUCAUCAUCAAGGGCGUCGUUAAAUACACCCUUCCGAUGAGUGCCCGCGUCCGUAGCGCGACGGUAUCCGGAAGAAAGACAGUGAAGCCGAACUCAGCUAACGAUCCAUCUCACAAGCCGAACAGCACCACACUGGAUCUUUCUAACUAG